AUGGCGGAUCCGAAGCCGCUGCUGGAGACCUCCGUGCUGCUGGAGCGGCAGAUCUCAGGGCUUCUGCACUCGGUGGCCUGCGGCUGCGAGGAGGUGCGGGCCACGCUGGCAGCCCACCAGGCGAGCGGAGAUCAGCUCGUGGGGUUUGGCAAGCAUGCUGCACUGAGCUACCAGCAACUCUUCGAGACGCAGCCAGGGUGGUGCAGCUGGUUUGUCAAGAGCUACACCGAGAAGUUGGAGAAGGCUGAGAACCAGAGCCCGGCCUCCAGGGCGCUGGGGGAGUAUUUGCAGGGAAAGGGCGUUGCUCCAUCUCCAUCCUCCCCAACUCGGUUUUCUCCUUCGAGUGUCAAGGGCCAGGGCCCGAGUGCCAAGGGCCAGUAUGGCCAGUAUGACCGGUCUGACCAGGGCCAGCAGGGGAAGCUGGUGGAUGGCCAAUGGGUGUUGGGCUUCGGAAAGCACAAGGGCAAAACCUUUGCGGAGGUGAUGUCCCAAGACCCCAACUACUGCGAGUACUGCGUGAACUUGGCGCUCGAAGGCACCAAGGCCAGCUCCUCCUUGCUGGCCUUCUCCAUCUACGUCAUGUCCGCGGAGGCCUCCGUGCUGCAGGCCCAGGUGGCCUUGAAGAUGCUGGUGGAGCAGCCGGACCUGCGCAAGGCGAUCUUCGGCAAAGCGUUGAAGCUGUGCCAGGAUAUGGACGACCAGCCGCUCACGGAGGCGUUGCACGCUUGCCAGAAGAUGGCGGAGGAGCAGUACGCCGGCCGGAAGUCGCCGCCCCUCUAG